GGCUUAUAUUGGGAUCUUUAGCACCUCCUACUAAAAAACUCGAGAAAAUUUUAGAUUUUUAGAGGUGGGUUCUAUAACUAGAAUCACAAACAAUUAGCUUUUGUUGGUAAAACCACAUAAUAUAGCUCAUGGAGUUCCAAGGUUUCUGGAGCUCAUGGGCUUAAUUGGUUCUGAUAGAUUCAAACCAUAAACAAGUUUUAGAUAUUUUCUCAAUAAGGUAUGUUUGAUUGGGUCAUGAGAAUGUCCCUCCACACACUGUACAACCCAUCUUCUCUUCUUGGUCUUGUGACAAAAGACGGGACUAAUUUCAGAAGUAGAAGAAGAAGAACAAAUUAUCAAUAUGUGACACCACGAGUAUCUUCAGUCUUAGUGCAGACUGAUGAAAAUGGAAAUUCACCAGAAAACAACAAGGUUUUCAGCUCAUCAGGCAUGGCUCAAACUCAAAGGCAAAGAUGUCAAGCCUCCUCAAACCAUUUUCUCGGCCAGCCGAACAGCAUCGGCAUCAUUGGCGGUAUUUCGGCGUUUUCCACUCUCAUUUUCUUGGAAAAGCUUGUCUGGUGGGGCUCCAAGUGUGGGGUUUGCCCACCGUUUGUUGUAUGCAGUGACUCAGCAUUACACAUGAAGCUAAGUUCUUUUCAUUCACUCAAGAACCAGAUUUCUGAAAUCCAAUCGGGUUUCGGUCCCGUCGUCGAGAUCUUGAGGAGUAAGAGGGUGUUUCUUGAGCAGUCAGGGGCAAGCUGCAUAGUCAUGCCGUGCCAUGUUUCAUAUGUGUGGCAUAGUGAGAUAUCUGAAGGGUGUUCUCUGCCUUUCCUUCAUGUUGGUGAGUGUGUGGCUAAGGAGCUUUCGGAGGCGAAUUUUAAGCCUCUUGAAGUUGGCAGCAAUGUCAGGAUUGGAGUUCUUGCCACCAAUGCAGCUCUAGUGGCUGGAAUAUUCCAAGAUAAGCUACAGAAUCAGGGUUUUGAGGUUGUGUUGCCAGAUAAAAGAACAAUGGAGCAUGUUGUGAUUCCUUCGGCGGAGGCGCUGAAGCGAGGGGAUGUGAAAGGGGCUAGAAAUCUCUUGAAAAUAGCAGUGCAGAUUCUUUUGAUGAGGGGUGUAAAUACUGUCAUAAUUGCCUCUCAUGAGAUGCAGGGUCUUCUUCCUUAUGAUGAUCCUCUUCUUCAGAAAUGCACCGACCCCAUGGACGCUUUGGCGAGGUCAACCAUAAAAUGGGCAAAAUCUAUGGAAAACAUGGUAGAGCAUACAAAACUUUAGCCUCAUUGGUGGUCUUAAUAUUCCUAGCAUGUUUUGCACAUGUUAGCAACUUUCUUUGUGUACAAGACAUGGCUCAAAAUGGCAUUGCUCACUUCUCUCAUAGAUUGAGCCUUUCUUUCUACUAGUGUCAAAUAAAGGAGUUAGAAAAGAUAGACUCUGAAGAUCAAUGCCAUGCGCGUAAUAGGUGAAUAAUGCUAGGACUUCCAACUCUUGAUAUUAAAUUGAUGUGAUAUGUGAGUUGUUAUUCUUUUUAUUAUAGGUGUUUAAAAGGUCGAAAUAAAAGUUGGGAAUUGGGAUCCCUAGCAACAACUAUCCAUCCGGUGAUGGAUAGAGAAAUGAGAGCUAUACAAGUCAGAUAGAAGAACUCAAUCUGCUCUGACAUGCAUUGCAUGGAUGGUUCACCGUUUGCUUGUGUAAUCUUCAAUUUUUCUCCUACCAUAAUCGUUGUAUUGUUUUCUUCAUUUAUAAUUCUUCUCAGCCAUUGCUAUAUGAGCCAUAUGAACAUAGAAUGUCUCUGCAUGUUAUGGCAACAAAUCACUGAUGACGAGUGAAGCAGAAAACACAUUUCCUUUUUGAAGUUUGUGUGCUAGAAAGGAAAGUUGAUGAUGCUUCAUAACGUAAAUGAUGGUCAUCAAGUCUUUUUUUUUUUUUUUUAAAUAAAAAAAC